AUGAAGACCCUCUCCAUCACCCAGCCCCCCUCCCCACCCACCACCUCCUGCAGGACCAGAUACGGCAGAGAUUCUCAUUGUGAUAUCUUUGCAGUGUGCUUUACGAAUGUUGGAAUGUUCAGUGAGGGAGAGACCUACAUGCUGGAGUGUAAGAACGCCACCUGCAGUAAAGGUGUCUCCGUCUACACUGCGUCAGCUGUGGCUGAGUGCAGCGCCCCCUUCACUAUGGAGUCAGGCGUAGGCUGCGUCUAUAUGAUGUCCACAAACAUGACGUGGUGCGAUGCCCGAGUGUUCUGUACCGACCUUGGAGGAGACCUCUACGUCCCAGCCAACUUUACUGCUCUUCAGUAUUACCUUCUCCCCUACGCAUACAAAAAUGUGUGGGUGGGUGUGAGAGAUCAAAAAUGGCUGAAUGGGAACGCUGUGACAACCGCGGAGUGGGCUACAGGUAAACCCAAUGAUAUGACGAUCUACACCUGCUCUAGAAUGGUACCUAGUAACAGCCUGUAUAAUCUUGAUGACACAACCUGCUUUAAGGCUUCCUUCGUCUCCUUGUGUCAACGACAAGUUCCCGGAAUGUGAGCACCCUUGAGGCAGCGAGGAAGUGGCAGCUGUUGCAGCUUCAAGCCCCACACUUCGUUGUUGGUUCAGCGAGGAGACCGGCGCUGCCACCGUGACGCCGCUUAUACAAGUUACCGAUGGUUCAGAUAUGAAUAUAAGCUCUGGAUUAUUUUCACUUGAUCAUUUAAUACUUAACAUUUAGAAAUCUAAUUCCAUCAUGAGGCUUAAUGACCCAUCCUGGUUAUUAUAGCACUUCUAUUGAAUUUAAACUUGCAUCUUACGUAUUAUAAAAUUGUUGUACUUACCUCUUUCAUAUAUAUAACGUCAUGUGCCCUGUCUGUAACACCACAAAUGGUUGUAGUUAAUAUUUCACUAAUACAAGUAGUCUGGGGUUACGGGGCCCGUGCUACAUGGACAUUUCGUUCUGAGUAGCUAAAUCUAAAACAACAAGUUGUCAGUUCACCCAGGAUAUUGGCGGCGCCAUGUUGUCGAUCUUUGCCAUUUCAAAAGUCACUCCCUCAGAAGUGUUAAUGUUCACUUGUUGUGCAGAGGUCAGGUCGUGUCAUGGACCUUGCUCUCGGCUAAGCUGAUACUUGCAAUCGGGUGGCUGUGUUCUGUCCAUCAUACAUGCCGCUGUCUAGGUGUGGUAGGAAGAUGGCCCCAGGCUAUUUCCUGGUAGGCGGGGCUUAAGCUCCUGGUUCUCUCUUAAAUACUCGAGCAGUUGUACAUUAGAUAUAAAGAAGAGCCUCGCUACACAGAGCCCUGCUCCUGUGCCAGGUAAGUUACGGGCUCACCAUAGCCCGUGCUACUUGGAACUUGUUCAGAGUAGCUGAAUCUAUAACAACAACAACAGCCUCGCUAGACCAGAGAGAUUCCAGCAGUGUCAGGUCAGAAUCUACAGUGUCCCAGACCCACUGGGAGGUGGGAAGGGAAGGAUGGCCUUGACAGUCAACUCUCCUUCUAUAACCAACUUAUGCUCAAACACCUUGGUGAGUUCAAUUGUAAGGUGAUGUAUUCUGUGUUUUCCCUAAUUAUAUGUUGUGUAAUUUUCUAUGGAAAGUCAGCCGUGUUGCUCUCAGUUCUUGUGUAGUGACUCCAAUUCUGAAUUAGUGUUGA